UCUCUCUACGAAAUUUCCUGGAAGCUCACUAUGCCUCCCUUCACUUCUCUCCCAUUUAAACCUCUCUCUUCCGCUCAACAACCCACCAUUCUUCUUUCUUUCUCUCUCAUCUCUCCUCUUUCUCUUUCGCCAUGAAGAUGCCCAGACCGGGUAAGCUCUUUAAAUCCUUAAGAUCACGUUCAUUGUCCAGAUCCGACGAUCCGCCGUCUGUUAGGUCCGGAACGACGUCGUCGUCGUCGUCCUCCGCUUCCGAUUCUGAGUCUCAAACCGGGUACAAGAAGCCCGGCGGAGAAUCCACGCCCACCAGCGUCCUCCCCGCGCUCAACGACGAGAUCUCCCCCGACGAGUUGUCUGGGCUGUACGCCGAGCUGGUCCAGGCGUUCAAGCUGAUCGACAGGGACGAUGACGGUAAGAUCAGGAAAGAGGAGCUGGAGGCGCUGUUGAGCCAGGUGGGAGCCGAGCCGCCCAGCAGGGAGGAGCUGAGGUUGAUGUUGAGCGAGGUGGAUAGGGACGGCGACGGUUGCAUUAGCCUCGAGGAGUUCAGCGUGCUCAGCUCCGCCUUCGCCCCACCGUCUUGCGACUCCGAGCUGCGAGACGCCUUCGACUUCUUCGAUACGGAUCACGACGGGAAGAUAUCCGCGGAGGAGCUGUUUAACGUGUUCAAAACGAUCGGCGACUCGCGGUGCACGUUAGAGGACUGCCGGCGCAUGAUACUUGGGGUCGAUAACAAUGGCGACGGCUUCGUAUGCUUUGAGGACUUCUGCCGUAUGAUGGAGCAGCAGCAGAGAUGACUGUUCGAUCUUGAUUUGGAUGAAAACAAAACAGAGUUUCUUUUUCUUCUUCUUUUGGAACAUGCGGGUCACUGAUAUUUGUAAUCGGGUCGGGAGUUAAUUAGAAAUCGGGUUCGGAUCUUCGUAAGAAACGGGAUCGAAACUACCAGAUGCAUCUUCAGUGAGAAGUGGUUUCAACUUUCAACUCUGCCACUUCUGCCCUUGUCUAUAUGUACUGGAUUUCCACCAAUCAACUGAAUAUUACAGUAUUUCAAUUUG